CUCUGAUACAAUGUAGUACUUCAAAACCAGUUACCGACUCUUGAGGUACGUGUUAAACGGAGUUUAGACACCAAUUUAUUUGGCGCAACACGUGGGAAAAUGGCUGACACCGGCGAAAAAUUAAGCAAGAAAUGCAAAGUACUGUUUUUGAAGACACAUCAUCUUUAAUCCAAGUGCUAUACCACAAUGCACAAUGUCCUCAUUCAAACUGUGGCCAAGUCUACUGAAAGUGUUGGAUAAAACUGUAACUAAACAGUUGAAAUAUUACCAUUUGAAAUCGGCUGGUUUAAAAGCAGCAAGUGCCUAUGCUCCAGAUGCCUACAGGGUUACACUAUUGAGUCAGACACAAAAAUUGCAUUCCACUUCACUGACUCAAACUGAGUUUACAUCAAGUGAGUUGAAGAGAAGGUUGAAGGAGGAGAAGAAGGCCAAAGAAAAGGCAGAGAAAUUAGCAGCCCAACAAGAGACACAGAAAGAUGCUAAGAAGGAAGAUAAAAUCAAGGAAGAGGAUAUUGAUCCAAAUGAAUAUUUCAAAUUGCGAUCAAGAGCUGUUGCCAAUUUGAAAGGCAGCAAUGACAAUCCAUAUCCUCACAAGUUCCAUGUUAGCAUGUCUCUGGUAGAGUAUAUAGACAAAUACAAGAGUGUAGGUGAUGGCACCAUCAUGGAGGAUAUCAUUGUCACUGUUUCAGGUAGAAUACAUUCUAGAAGAGAAAGUGGGGCUAAAUUAGUAUUUUAUGAUCUCCGAGCUGAAGCAGUGAAGAUACAGAUAAUGGCAAAUGCAAAGUACUAUGAAUCUGAAGAUGAGUUUGCUAAGAUGUUAGAAAAGGUCAAGAGAGGAGAUAUCAUUGGGGUAGAGGGAAUGCCUGGUAAAACAAAGAAAGGAGAGUUGAGUAUUAUACCAAAAAAGAUAGUCCUUCUGUCACCUUGUUUACAUCAGUUGCCAUCAUUACACUUUGGUGUGAAAGAUAAGGAGACCAGAUUUAGACAAAGAUAUUUAGAUCUUAUAAUAAAUGAGACAACAAGAAACAAGUUUAUUGUGAGAGCCAAAAUCAUCAAUUAUCUCAGACGAUUUAUGGACCAGUUAGGGUUUCUGGAGGUAGAGACACCAAUGAUGAACAUGAUACCAGGUGGCGCCACUGCUAAACCUUUCAUCACACACCACAAUGACCUCAAUAUGGACCUAUAUAUGAGAGUUGCUCCAGAACUUUACCUCAAAAUGUUAAUAGUUGGAGGUUUAGAUAGAGUCUAUGAGAUUGGACGGCAGUUCCGAAAUGAAGGAAUAGACAUGACACAUAAUCCCGAGUUCACAACGAUGGAGUUUUACAUGGCAUAUGCUGACUAUAAUGAUCUGAUGACCAUCACUGAAACUAUGGUGGCUGGUAUGGUAAAAGAAAUUCAUGGUUCACACAAGGUGCAAUAUCAUCCAGAAGGUCCCGACGGGCCUGUUUGGGACAUCGAUUUUACACCUCCAUUUAGGAGAGUCAGUAUGAUAGAUGAGCUAGAGAAAAAAUUAGGAGUAAAGUUUCCCGACCCAGCUAACCUUAAUCAUUCAGAGGUACAGAAGUUUUUAGAUGACCAAUGUGUCAAGCAUAAUGUUGAUUGUACAGCACCUAGAACUUCAGCUAGAUUGUUAGAUAAACUUGUAGGAGAUUUUAUAGAAGAAACAUGUGUGAGUCCCACAUUUAUCAUUGAUCAUCCACAAGUCAUGAGUCCACUUGCUAAAUGGCACAGAGCAAAGUCUGGUUUGACAGAGAGAUUUGAAUUGUUUGUGUGCAAGAAGGAGAUUUGUAAUGCUUACACAGAGUUGAAUGACCCAGUUGUACAGAGAGAAAGGUUCCAACAGCAAGCUCAGGACAAAGCAGCUGGUGAUGAUGAGGCUAUGUUUGUAGAUGAGUCAUUCUGUACAGCACUAGAGUAUGGUCUACCACCAACAGCUGGCUGGGGAAUGGGCAUAGAUAGACUGGCUAUGUUCCUUACUAACUCAAAUAACAUCAAGGAGGUUUUGUUGUUUCCUGCCAUGAAGCCAGAAGAUAAAACGGUUUUAGAAAACGCACCAGCAGAUUCAUAGCGGAGACAUGUAGCCGACUGUAGAAACUGUUUAUUUAUUGAUGUUACAACAAUUAUGUGAUACUGUUACAGAAGUUUUCUUGAGACUGUUAGUAAAUAUUAUUGUCCUAUAAGACACAAAAAGAACAAACAAGAUCACAUUGUUAUUUCAAAUAUUUUUAGCAAAUAUUUAGUUGAAAUAUACUGAGAACUAAAUAUAUACAGUAAAUUCUGCUUAUAAUGAUCUACAGGGGACUACAAAUUGAUAUUGCUACAGCUUAGAGGUAAAUUAAUUUGAAAAAGAAGUCUCUGGAGGGCAGCAACAUCAUCAUUAUAAGUGGAGUUUACUGUACUGUAUUUUAUUUUGCUGUUUCAGUCACAAGCUUUAUAGUCCGUCGUCACCUUUCUGUAAAGAAAAUUUGGCUGCCAAUUAAAAUCUUUUCACUAUGUGCUAAACUACAUGUAUAUAGAAGAACUUUAUAUUCAUGUAUAACAGAUAUAAUGGCAUAUACUACAUAUCAGUGUUUCAAAACUUACUUUACUUAUCAGUGUGAAUUUAACAGAUACUAAAACAUGUUGAGAAAGACUGCAAUUAUACUAACAAUUUAGUCAUUUAAUUUAGUACUUAUUAAAUGUCUGUCUUCUCUUAUAUUAAGAUGAUAAAAGACUUGUAUUUUGUUGAUAGUUCUUAUGGCACUAAUAGUCUAUUUAUAAAAUUGCAUUUGGGGUUCGGUAUUGUUAAUGUUACUGAUUUUGAGUUUAUUUGCCCCCUCACCUACGUGGGUUAGAGCAUUAAAUCUUAACUUUGAAGAAAAUAUGGUCAUCUUUUGCUUGAUAUUACAUGUAUUUACAUAAGAGUUUAUUUUCCACAUCUGUAGGAAAUGUUGUCUUACGAUCAAAUUCGUGAAUGUGUAACAUAAAACUCUACUAAAAAUGAUUUAUUUUUUAUGGCCAUCUAUUGCUUUUCUUUAUGUUCUUAAUUUUGUAAUAAGAUUUGUUACAUUGUACUUGACAAUUGGAAUAUUUAUUUCAUAAAUUGCUAGAUGAAAUGCUGUUAACUUGUUCUAAAGUUAGAAUAAGAAAUGUUGAAUAAAUGAUAAUCAAUGAAAUUACCCAUGUACGAUGUAGGGCAGUGUUUCAGCAUGAGUACAAGUUUUCAGGCAUUUGCCUGAAGUUCAGGUUUUUUCUACUCCUGAAAGUUCUCUUUUCCUAUGUGAAAAAACAAUUAAAAUAAUACUAAAUUCGGGGUUUUCAGGUUUUCUGAUAUUUUCAACUUGCACCCAUGUGUUUGCAGUUAUGAAGGUCAUAAUUUUGUAACCUGCUCUGUUGGUAUUACCAAAGCUAUCCAACUAUCCCCUUACACUUUAUAUGUUUGUAUCAAAAAUGUUGCAUUUUAUUUUUCUUCUCAAAUACCUGUUGUAAUUUAUUGGGUCACAAAAUACAGUAUAUUUUGAUUUCAGACGCUUGAAAAGUUGCAGUGUUAAUUAGAAAUUUGUUUGUAGUUGACUUAUAAUUCAGUGUAUUUGUGUGUGAAAUGUAAUAGUCAGAUUUUUAUUGCUUUGUCAUUUUGAUUUUUUUUUAAUUGAUAAACGCAGCAUGUUUUUGAUAUUUAUUAUUAUGAAAAUUUGUGCUGUCUAUGAUGCACAUGUUCUCUUUUUCUCCAUAUUGUAAGAUAAAUUACUUGACAAAGUGCUUUUCAAGAGUGGAAGUAGUGAGUUCUUAAUUUUAAUCUGCACAUGAAAACAAUUAAUGAAUAUGUAAGCCAUUAACAAAUAUUUACUAAUUUUGAUUUUUUGUUGUGCGAGUUCAGCUCUAAAAGGAGGUUAUUAGUCCCCUACCGGUUUACCGGAGGAGACUUUAGGUUUACCCUCUGUCUGUCUGUCUGUCCGUCCGUCUGUCUGUCUGUCUGUCCGUCCAUCCACAAAACUGGAUCCCGCGAUAACUUGAAAAGUACUGAAAAUAUUUUUAUGAACUUGAUAUAUGGAUAGAUGGCAGUAUGGAGAUUAUGCACGUCUUUUUCUUUUCUUCCUCUGUUGAAAAUUCUGGUUGCUAUGGCAACAAAUAGGCUUAAAAUAUGGCAAAUUUUACACAUAAACUGGAUCCAGUGAUAACGCAAAAAGUAGUGGAAAUAUUUUUAUGAAACUUGAAAUAGGGGUAGAUGGCAGUCUGGAGAUUAUGCACGUCUUUUUCUUUUCUUCCUAUGUUGAAAAUUCUGGUUGCUAUGGCAACAAAUAGACUUAAAAUAUGGCAAAUUUUACACAUAAACUGGAUCCUGUGUUAACGCAAAAGUAAUAGAAAUAUUUUUAUGAAACUUGUAAUAUGGGUAGAUGGCAGUCUGGAGAUUAUGCACAUCUUUUUCUUUUCUUCCUAUGUUGAAAAUUCUGGUUGCUAUGGCAACACAUAGACUGAAAAUAUGGCAAAUUUUACACAUACACUGAAUCCAGUGAUAACUCAAAAAGUACUGGAAAUAUUUUUAUGAAACUUGACAUAUGGGUAGAUGGCAGUCUUGAGAUUAUGCAUGUCUUAUCUGUUCUGCCUAUUUUGAAAAAAUAUUGGUUGCCUUGGCAACAAAUAGGCUUAAAACAUGGCAAAUAUAACAUUAUUUGUGAUUAGUCAAAAAGAGCUGAUUUUUUUUUAUGAAAUUGCAUCUUUAAUUCAAGAGUUAUCUCCUCUUUAAGAAUUGUUAUAUUUUGGUAACAGGGAUGUUUCAAAUAUUAACUUUAGAGUGUCCUUCAGUCCGUCUGUCUGUCUGUUCAUAAAAACUGUUUCCUGUGAUCACUUAUAAAGAACUUUUCCAACAAAUGUACUUAAAAUAUAGAAAAAUUGAAACAUUAGUGAAUGGCCAAUGGCCCUUCAGAAUGUUGAUGGGGUUCUAACCGGUAUGGGACUUAUGGAUUGCUUGCAAUACUAUGAUAAUUGCUUGUUUUCUUGUAAAUCAUGGUUCAUCACUGUAGUCAGAUGCUUGAAUACUUACACUAGUUAUUUCUAAAACUCUUUAAAGAUCAGAACUGAUAACUGUGUUAUAUCAUCGCAUCAAAAAUAUUUAAACUUCAUGUUAUAUUAUUGAACUGACUUCAGUACAGAUCUACUUAUCUCUUACCAAAUGCAAAGCAUUCUUUACAAACAUAGUGCACAACAUGAGACUUUUCUAAUAUAUUUUGAAUUACACAUAUAAGAUCUUUAUUUACCUGAAAGAUUAAAAUGCUUGACAAAAAAAACAGAGACACCUAUCACGUUUUUUAUUUAGGUCAAUUCAGACCUGAUAGCAUAGUGCUGUUAGUGAAAAGGAGAAUUUGUGAAAAUAAAGAAAAACUUCUGUACAUGCA